AUGAGAACGGCUUUCACCCCACCGUCACCUACGAAGGAUUGGCUCACCACGACGCCCACGCUCCGCCUGGCCCACGCCCCUGCGCCGGGCUAUCGGACGACCCCUGGGCCAGUGGCGUCACACUCCUACGCCAGCUACCACGUCACCACGCCAGGCUACGCCAGGCUACCACCCCACUACUACCAGGCAUACCACCCACCCCUACACCAGGCUACCACUCUUACCCAGGCUACCACCCCACUCCUACGCCAUACCACCCCACCCUACCACCAGGCUACCACCCCCCCACCCCACCUACCUACUCCAGCCUACCACCCCAACCCUACCCCAGGCUACCACACCCAACCCCAGCAUACCACGGGCCCGAACCAGCUUACCAGGCCCCCAAACCAGCACACCACGUCCCUACACCAGGUUACCACACCCUGCCCCCGAGCACCUUAUCCCCAGGUCAUACUACGGGAACUCCAAGCCAACUUAUGGAACCCUUAA